AUGCUACUCGAAACCACCCCACUCUUGCAAAACCUCUCGCCUGUAGAGGCACAGGACCUGCUCAACUACGCGUCGGCACGUCUUCGCCAUCUGGCUAUAGCCAUCACCACCCCCCAUGGUCUCAUUGACAGUGACCCCGGUUUGAAGGAGAAAUGUUGGGAGCAGUUCAAAGUCGAUCUUAACUCAACUCUCAUUUUAUUUGGUUCCAUGUCUCUCCUGCAUCCCGGCAAGGUAUGGGCGCCCGUGUUUCUGGACCACGCCCAUAAACUCCUCAUCAACGGUGGAAUCACCUCCCCACAAAACGUCGCCGAAGUUGCUCUUCACCGCCCAUUGCACGGCUUCGAUGUUUUCCCACCCGAUGCUGCACAGUGGUGGAGCCCCCCACUAGGCGCAACCAAGUGUACACCACUCAACCUGUCGGUUACCGAGAUCGUCGAGGCAUGGAAGAAGCAGGAGAAGCGUACCACCUGGUACACUGCAAUGCCACCCAUGAUUCCCCAAGGCUUCCAGGACUGGAGGCUUCGACCUCUCCACAACGCGUUCACCAACGUUUCGGAGCAGCUGGAGUCCUUGGCCAAGCAACUCACAGUUGUCAAGGAUUCCGUCGACGUCUUCCAGAUCGCUUGCGCCAAGUUCGAUGGGUUACUUGAUAUGAGUCUCGAUGGAAGUGAAUGGAAACUCGAGAAAUGGGGUCCGCCUAUCUCACCUCCAGGAUCCUCCUGGAAGUGGCGGCUUGGUGACGAUGGCCCACCCUCCAGCAGUAGCGACAGUGGUGAUCCAGAUGCAGAGGGGCCAGGGGAGUGUGGUGUUAGCUCGCUAGGGUUGGAGACAUCAACCCCCGACACUUGA